UUCGGCGCGGUGAGUAGUAGAGGUUCUAGGGUAGUGCGUUGCCCUGCUGAUUCUCUGGCCUAGUUUGAGGCCUGCCCUCGUCUUCUGUCCGACUUUAUCUGUUUCGUUGCAGCCACUGAAGAUCCUGGUGUCGCCAUGGGCCGCCGCCCCGCCCGGUGUUACCGGUAUUGCAAGAACAAGCCGUAUCCAAAAUCUCGCUUCUGCAGAGGUGUCCCUGAUGCCAAGAUUCGCAUCUUUGACCUGGGGCGGAAGAAGGCAAAAGUAGAUGAGUUCCCACUAUGCGGCCACAUGGUGUCUGAUGAAUACGAGCAGCUCUCCUCUGAAGCCCUGGAGGCUGCCCGUAUUUGUGCCAACAAAUACAUGGUGAAAAGCUGUGGCAAAGAUGGUUUUCACAUCCGAGUGCGGCUCCAUCCCUUCCAUGUCAUCCGCAUCAACAAGAUGUUGUCCUGUGCUGGAGCAGACAGGCUGCAGACAGGUAUGCGGGGUGCCUUUGGAAAGCCCCAGGGCACAGUAGCCAGGGUCCACAUUGGCCAAGUCAUCAUGUCCAUCCGUACCAAGCUGCAGAACAAGGAGCAUGUGAUUGAGGCCCUACGCAGGGCCAAGUUCAAGUUCCCUGGCCGCCAGAAGAUCCACAUCUCCAAGAAGUGGGGCUUUACUAAGUUCAAUGCAGAUGAAUUUGAAGACAUGGUGGCUGAAAAGCGGCUUAUCCCAGAUGGCUGUGGGGUCAAAUACAUCCCUAACCGUGGUCCCUUGGACAAAUGGAGGGCUCUGCACUCAUGAGAACCUUGGCACUAUCCCUUCCCGUCAUAUUCAUGCCCACCAAUAAAUCCAACUUCCUGUC